AUGGCCCUGAUCAGAAUUGGAGGUGGACAGUUACCCAAGGAACAGGUGAUUACACAGCUUCAGAGAUUGUAUCCUGGAAAAUGGAAAUGGGAGCUUGAGGAGAAUGAGGACAACACUUUCAUCACUAAGUUUCCAUCAAAGGCUGAACUUCAGAGGGCUAUAGCUUUUGGAGGGGCAGAUGUUAGAGAAGAAGGGGUGCAGACAGGACAGAGGUUACAAUUUGAAGCAUGGCAUGAAAAGGAGGAAGGGUUUCUACUCCCUAAAGUUUGGGUAAGAGUGUUUGGCUUGAGGAAGAACUUGAGAGAAUAUAUGAACUUAUGGGCUGUGGGGUCAAUGUUGGGAUCGACCCAAACUGUUGAUAUGGAAGUGACUAGAGAGAAUGUUUUUGGGAGAGUAUGUGUGGCAGUUCUUAAUCCAUUGCUCAUCCCCUCACACCUAGAUGUAGUGAUAGGGGAUCAUUAUUUCGAGCUAGACUUUGAGGUGGAAAAGUUGGGGACAGAUGAAAAUGGAGAAGAGGCUAUUUUUGACUGGAAGGGUGAUGCAGCAGGAGAAGGGGAGGGAGAAGAUAGUGAAGAGGAUCAUAUGCAGGAUGAUCCAGAGAUAAAUAGAGAAACAAAAAGAAGGAAAAACAACACUGAUUAUAAAGGGAAGGAAAACAGCAGUACAGACAACAUACAGGCUGAUCAAGACAGGGAGCAAAAGAAUUCACUGAAAGAGAGAGUUCAGAAUAUGAAUGACAAUGAAUUCCUGCUGUUUCUUAAGGAAAAGGCUGGGGAAAUAAUAGAUAAGGCAGUGGAUAAAACGUUGGACAAUUUGGCAGAUCAAGUGAUGAAUGAGAGAGAUGAAGGGCAGGACUCAGAGAACAGUUGGGAGGAGGAAGAGGGAAGAGAUGAACUACAGAAAGUGGCUGCAAUCCCAGAGGUAAUAAUCACACCAACAAGGGCUAGUCCAAGGUUGGCUCAAUCUGGAGAUGAGCACAUCCUAUCAAAAACAGAGAAGAUGGCGGCAAGAAAGAAUCUGGAACAUAAUGAAGCCAUUCAUAAUGUUGAACAAUUAGGAAUUAGGGUGGGAGACAGUAGGCAGGAGAUGGAAAAGAUGAUAAAAGAUUUAUUUAUCUUAGAAAGCAGAGUUAAGAAUCAGAAUGAUCAGAGAUGUCAGGAAGAAAAUACACUUGGGGUGGUAAUACUGCAUGAGACAAUACAUGAGUUGUGUAGGAAAAAACAGGACGGGAUAAUUCUCAAAUUGGACUUUGAAAAAGCCUAUGAUAAGGUUAACUGGACUUUCUUACAGCAGGCUCUAAAAAUGAAGGGUUUCUCUCCUACAUGGUGUAAAUGGAUUGAAAACAUAGUUAGUGGGGGAAGUGUUGGGGUCAAAGUUAAUGAUGACAUUGGACAUUUCUUUCAAACAAAACAAGGGCUAAGACAAGGAGACCCCCUGUCCCCAGUGUUGUUUAAUGUGGUGGCUGACAUGCUAGCAGUCCUAAUAGCCAGAGCCAAGGAGAAAGCGCAAAUUAAGGGUCUAGUACCCCAUCUGGUAGAUGGAGUAUUAUCUAUCCUCCAAUAUGCAGAUGACACAAUCCUUUUUAUGGAAAAUAAUAUAGAACAGGCUAAAAAUCUGAAGUUAGUACUAAGUACAUUUGAAAAACUCUCAGGCCUCAAAAUCAACUUCCAUAAGAGUGAAUUGUACUGUUUUGGGGAGGCAAAAAAUAUAGUCAAAGAAUAUGUGGAGAUCUUUGGGUGCAAGGAAGGAAUUAUGCCUUUUAAAUAUCUUGGAAUUCCUAUGUACCAUCGUAGACUUACCAAUAAAGAUUGGAAAAUGGUUGAAGAGAGGUUCCAGAAAAAACUAGCAAGCUGGAAGAGUAAAUUAUUGUCAGUUGGAGGAAGGUUGGUACUAAUAAACUCUGUCCUUUCUAGUUUACCAAUGUUUAUGAUGUCCUUCUUUAGAAUACCUAAAGGUGUUCUCAAAAGACUGGACUACUACAGAUCUAGAUUCUUUUGGCAAUGUGAUGAAUACAAAAAGAAAUACAGAUUGGCCAAAUGGAGUAUUUUGUGUGUACCAAAGAGCGUAGGAGGAUUGGGCAUAUCAAACCUGGAAGUGCAAAAUAGAUGCUUGUUAAGCAAGUGGCUAUUUAAACUUUUGAACGAGGAAGGGGUAUGGCAAAAAUUACUUAGAAGAAAAUACCUAAGUAAUAAAACUCUUACUCAAGUGAAGAAGAAAAAGGGAGAUUCACAGUUUUGGGGUGGACUCAUGGAAAUAAAGGAUCAAUUCAUGGCAAUGGGUAGGUUUGAAGUGCAUAAUGGAAAGAAAACCAGAUUCUGGGAAGAUGUAUGGAUUGUGUUCAGAGGGACUUAUUGGGCAAGGGCAUGGGCGAUGCUAUCUAAGGAAGAAGAGAAAAUUGAUUUGAAGAAGAACUGUAGCAGACUUGAAAUUACUGCUUUGGAUUUCUUCCAUAAAUAUGGAUGGAACUUUAGGAGAAGAUUGAUGUCUUAGGCUGUCUGGCGUCAGGGCAGAUCUUGAAAGGUUUAUGUGCUGAUGGCGUGGGUCUUUCUUCAGUUUACCUGGAAGCUGUCUCUAGAUCUGGGACCUUGGUCUGUUUUAGUUCGAUCCUAAGAAGUAUCAGAGAUCUUGUUUAGUCUUGUCUGAACUCCGUUUUGGAACCAGACUAUAGACCUAGGAGCUUGGUCUGUUUUAGUUCGAUCCUACCUUGUUUAGUCUUAUCUUAACUGUGUUUUGGCUCUAGUAGUUUCAGGAGCAGCCUGAGAGCUGCUUGUUUUGUGUCCAGGUUGUAAGUUGGUGGC